AUGGGGUCGCAGACGCUGCAGAUCCUCCGGCAGGGGGUGUGGGCCGCGCUCAGCGGGGGCUGGUACUACGACCCGCACCAGGCCACCUUCGUGAACGCGCUGCACCUCUACCUGUGGCUCUUUCUGCUCGGCCUGCCCUUCACCCUCUACAUGGCCCUUCCUUCUUCCAUGAUCAUAGUAGCAGUUUAUUGUCCUGUGAUAGCUGCUGUUUUCAUUGUUCUGAAGAUGGUCAACUAUCGACUACACAGAGCACUUGAUGCUGGAGAAAUUGUAGACAGGAGUGCAAAUGAGUUCACAGAUCAGCGAGCCAAAGCUGAACAAGGCAACUGUUCAACCAGGAGAAAAGACAGCAAUGGACCCAGUGACCCUGGUGGAGGGAUUGAAAUGUCUGAGUUCAUUCGUGAGGCCACACCCCCAGUUGGUUGUAGUUCAAGAAAUUCAUAUGCUGGGCUAGAUCCAAGCAACCAGAUUGGAUCUGGUUCCUCUCGUCUUGGAACAGCAGCAACUAUUAAAGGAGAUACAGACACCGCUAAGACUUCUGAUGAUAUCAGUUUAAGUCUGGGCCAGAGCUCUAGUCUUUGUAAGGAAGGCAGUGAAGAACAGGAUUUGGCAACUGAUCGGAAGCUCUUCCGUCUGGUCUCCAAUGACUCCUUCAUCUCCAUUCAGCCUUCCUUAUCCUCUUGUGGACAGGACGUACCCAGGGAUUUCAGCGACAAAGCGAGCCUGCCAAGUCACAGCCACCACCACCACAUUGAUCAGUCUCUGUCCAGCGCCUGUGACACAGAAGUAGCUUCUCUUGUACCUUUACAUUCACACUCUUACAGGAAAGACCACCGGCCACGAGGUGUGCCCCGGACUUCCAGCUCAGCUGUGGCUUUUCCAGAUACCUCGCUGAACGACUUCCCUCUGUAUCAGCAAAGACGUGGUCUAGACCCAGUUAGUGAGUUAGAAUCUUCCAAGCCUCAUUCCGGAUCCAAAGAAUCCUUGGUGGAAAAUUCUUGUUUAUCUGGGGAAUUUCGGCUUGUUGGUGACCUAAAAAACAGCAUUUCUCAGCCACCCACAAAAAGUGGGAAGAGCAAACCUUUGAAGGCAGACAAAAGCAUGGACAGCUUGAGGAGCCUGAGCACUCGGAGUAGUGGGUCCACUGAGAGCUAUUGUAGUGGGACGGACCGCGACACCAACAGUACGGUCAGCAGCUAUAAAAGUGAGCAAACUAGCUCCACGCACAUAGAGAGCAUCUUGUCAGAGCACGAGGAGUCUCCGAAAGUGAGCAAGAGCAGUGGUAGGAAAAAAGAAGGCUGUGCUGACCCAGAGGAGAAGAGCAAUUGUGCCAGUGGCCAAAGGACUAGCAGUGACAAGAUUGCCCUGGAAGGGAGCACAAAUGGUGGGGCUCACGAGGCCAAGGAUCCUCAGACUUCUGAGGAGAUGAACAACCAGAGAACUCUUAGCACCUCUGCAUCUGAAGAAGCCAAUAAAAAUCCUCAUGCAAAUGAGUUUCCAUCACCAGAGGACAAGCCACUUGAGAAAACUGCGGAAAAGAAAGAGGAACAGAGUGAAAAGCCAGCAGUUCCAGUGGAUUCAAAAGUUUGUAAAGAUGCUGGUGGAAAGCAGAAGGAAGGGGAUGUACGACCUAAAUCUUCCAGCCUAAUUCACCGGACUGCCUCUGCCCACAAGUCAGGCAGGAGACGGACAGGAAAGAAACGGGCCAGCAGUUUUGAUUCGAGUCGGCAUAGGGACUAUAUUUCCUUUCGAGGUGUUUCUGGUACCAAACCUCAUAGUGCUAUAUUUUGCCAUGAUGAGGACUCUAGUGAUCAAAGUGACUUGAGUAGAGCAUCAAGUGUUCAGUCUGCUCACCAGUUCAGCAGCGAUAGCUCUUCUAGCACCACUUCUCAUUCGUGUCAGUCUCCUGAGGGCAGAUACAGUGCUCUAAAGACCAAACAUGUUCAUAAAGAAAGGGGCACAGACUCUGAACACACACACAAAGCUCAUCUGGGCCCAGAGGGGACUGGCAAAAAGCGGACCUCACGGCGGACUUCCAGCACAAACAGUGCUAAGACUCGUGCCCGUGUGUUGAGCUUGGACAGUGGCACAGUAGCGUGCUUGAAUGACUCAAAUAGACUAAUGGCCCCUGAAAGUAUAAAACCCUUAACCACUUCCAAAUCAGAUCUCGAGGCCAAAGAGGGAGAGGUGCUAGAUGAGCUAUCUUUAUUGGGACGGGCUUCCCAGUUAGAGACAGUCACUCGAUCUAGGAAUAGCUUGCCAAGCCAGGUUGCAUUUCCUGAAGGGGAAGAGCAAGAUGCAGCCAGUGGAGCAGCACAGGCCAGCGAGGAGGCGGUCUCAUUUCGCCGUGAACGCAGCACAUUUAGGCGCCAGGCAGUACGGCGCCGGCACAAUGCAGGGAGUAACCCUACCCCUCCUACCUUGCUCAUCGGAUCACCCCUAAGCCUUCAAGAUGGUCAGCAAGGCCAGCAGUCCACAGCCCAGGUCAAAGUCCAGUCCCGCCCCCCUUCCCAGGCUGCAGUGCUCAGUGCUAGUGCCUCCUUGCUGGUGAGAAAUGGGAGUGUCCACUUAGAAGCAUCACAUGACAAUGCAUCCACUGUAGGCGGUAGCAGUUUGCACGAUGAACUUGGUAAGUUCUCUUCUACGCUCUAUGAGACUGGUGGCUGUGAUAUGUCCCUUGUGAAUUUUGAACCAGCAGCAAGAAGAGCAUCUAAUAUAUGUGACACGGAUUCUCACGUAUCCAGUUCUACCUCAGUUCGAUUUUAUCCACAUGAUGUGCUCUCUCUCCCACAGAUUCGAUUGAAUAGACUGUUGACCAUCGAUACAGAUUUAUUGGAGCAACAGGACAUUGACCUUAGCCCUGACUUAGCAGCCACUUAUGGCCCAACAGAAGAGGCUGCCCAAAAGGUUAAACACUAUUACCGCUUUUGGAUCUUGCCCCAACUGUGGAUUGGCAUUAACUUUGACAGACUCACACUUUUGGCCCUGUUUGAUAGAAAUCGUGAGAUCCUGGAAAAUGUGUUAGCUGUUAUUCUGGCUAUUCUUGUGGCUUUUCUGGGAUCUGUUCUUCUCAUACAAGGCUUCUUCCGAGAUAUCUGGGUCUUCCAGUUCUGCCUGGUAAUAGCCAGCUGUCAAUACUCACUCCUGAAGAGCGUUCAGCCGGAUUCUUCUUCUCCCAGACAUGGUCAUAAUCGUAUCAUUGCCUACAGUCGACCAGUUUAUUUCUGUUUGUGUUGUGGUCUUAUUUGGCUGUUGGAUUAUGGCAGCAGAAAUCUUACUACAACCAAGUUUAAAUUAUACGGAGUAACCUUCACCAAUCCAUUGGUAUUUAUAUCAGCCAGGGAUUUAGUUAUAGUGUUUACUCUCUGUUUCCCAAUAGUAUUUUUCAUUGGUCUCCUGCCUCAGGUCAAUACAUUUGUAAUGUACCUUUGUGAACAACUGGAUAUUCAUAUCUUUGGUGGUAAUGCCACCACCAGCCUACUUGCAGCACUGUACAGCUGUGUCUGUAGCAUUGUGGCUGUUGCCUUACUGUAUGGAUUGUGCUACGGAGCUUUAAAGGAUUCUUGGGAUGGUCAGCAUAUUCCAGUACUUUUCUCCAUCUUUUGUGGUUUAUUAGUAGCAGUAUCCUAUCAUCUCAGCCGACAGAGCAGUGAUCCAUCUGUACUUUUCUCUCUGGUGCAAUCCAAAAUUUUUCCAAAAACAGAAGAGAAAAAUCCAGAAGACCCUCUGUCUGAAGUAAAAGACCCAUUGCCUGAAAAACUUAGAAAUUCUGUUAGCGAGCGCUUGCAGUCUGACCUGGUGGUGUGCAUUGUGAUUGGUGUGCUGUAUUUCGCGAUCCACGUGAGCACAGUGUUUACAGCAUUGCAGCCUGCUCUCAAGUAUGUGUUGUAUGCAUUGGUUGGCUUUGUGGGUUUUGUGACCCAUUAUGUACUGCCUCAAGUUAGAAAGCAGCUACCAUGGCACUGUUUCUCGCACCCUCUGCUGAAGACAGUGGAGUAUAAUCAGUAUGAAGUUCGAAAUGCAGCUACUAUGAUGUGGUUUGAGAAACUUCAUGUGUGGCUUCUUUUUGUGGAGAAGAAUAUCAUCUAUCCCUUGGUUGUCCUCAAUGAACUGAGUAGCAGUGCAGAGACGAUUGCUAGUCCAAAGAAACUGGAUACAGAACUCGGUGCUUUGAUGAUCACCAUCGCUGGCUUGAAGUUGCUGCGCUCGUCCUUCAGCAGCCCUACGUACCAGUACGUCACAGUCAUCUUCACUGUGCUCUUCUUCAAGUUUGACUACGAAGCUUUUUCAGAGACCAUGCUGUUGGAUCUCUUCUUCAUGUCCAUACUCUUCAACAAGCUUCGGGAACUCCUUUACAAAUUGCAGUUCGUGUAUACCUACAUUGCCCCGUGGCAGAUCACCUGGGGCUCUGCUUUCCACGCCUUUGCACAGCCCUUUGCAGUGCCCCAUUCAGCCAUGUUGUUUGUUCAGGCUGCUGUCUCAGCUUUCUUCUCCACUCCCCUGAACCCCUUCCUGGGAAGCGCCAUAUUCAUCACUUCAUAUGUUCGACCUGUGAAAUUCUGGGAGAGAGACUACAACACAAAACGAGUGGAUCAUUCAAAUACCAGGCUGGCUUCACAGCUUGAUAGGAAUCCAGGAUCAGAUGACAACAACCUGAAUUCCAUCUUUUAUGAACAUUUAACCAGAUCCCUACAACACAGUCUCUGUGGUGAUUUGCUCCUAGGACGGUGGGGAAACUACAGUACAGGGGACUGUUUCAUCCUUGCCUCUGACUAUCUCAAUGCCUUAGUGCACCUCAUAGAGAUAGGCAAUGGCCUGGUCACUUUCCAGCUGCGGGGACUUGAAUUCAGAGGCACCUAUUGUCAACAACGGGAAGUGGAGGCCAUUACUGAAGGUGUGGAGGAAGAUGAAGGAUUCUGCUGUUGUGAACCUGGCCAUAUUCCCCACGUGCUUUCCUUUAAUGCUGCAUUUAGCCAGCGCUGGCUAGCCUGGGAAGUAAUUGUCACCAAGUAUAUUCUGGAGGGUUACAGCAUCACUGACAACAGUGCCGCUUCCAUGCUUCAGGUCUUUGAUCUUCGGAAAGUACUCACCACUUACUAUGUCAAGGGUAUCAUUUAUUAUGUUACAACCUCCUCCAAAUUAGAGGAGUGGCUUGCUAAUGAGACCAUGCAGGAAGGGCUGCGUCUGUGUGCAGAUCGAAAUUAUGUUGAUGUGGAUCCGACAUUUAAUCCCAACAUUGACGAGGACUAUGACCAUCGACUAGCAGGCAUAUCCAGGGAGAGUUUCUGUGUGAUUUACCUCAACUGGAUAGAGUAUUGUUCUUCCCGAAGAGCAAAGCCCCUGGAUGUGGACAAAGAUUCAUCCCUGGUAACUCUUUGUUACGGACUUUGUGUUCUGGGACGGAGAGCCCUGGGGACUGCAUCCCACCAUAUGUCCAGUAAUUUAGAGUCAUUCCUCUAUGGAUUGCAUGCCCUAUUUAAGGGAGAUUUCCGUAUUUCUUCAAUUCGAGAUGAAUGGAUCUUUGCUGACAUGGAAUUGCUAAGAAAAGUGGUAGUCCCUGGAAUCCGUAUGUCCAUUAAACUUCACCAGGAUCAUUUCACUUCUCCAGAUGAGUACGACGACCCCACUGUGCUCUAUGAAGCCAUCGUGUCUCAUGAGAAGAACCUCGUGAUCGCCCACGAAGGGGACCCUGCCUGGCGCAGCGCAGUCCUCGCCAACUCUCCCUCCUUGCUCGCCCUGCGGCACGUCAUGGACGAUGGCACCAACGAAUAUAAAAUCAUCAUGCUCAACAGACGCUACCUGAGCUUCAGGGUCAUUAAAGUGAAUAAAGAAUGUGUCCGAGGUCUUUGGGCAGGGCAACAGCAGGAGCUUGUUUUUCUUCGUAAUCGUAACCCAGAGAGAGGUAGCAUCCAAAAUGCAAAGCAAGCUCUGAGAAACAUGAUAAAUUCAUCUUGUGAUCAACCUAUUGGCUACCCAAUCUUUGUCUCACCCCUGACAACUUCUUACUCUGACAGCCAUGACCAGCUUAAAGAGAUUGUUGGGGGGCCUAUCAGCUUGGGAAAUAUCAGAAACUUCAUAGUGUCAACCUGGCACAGGCUAAGGAAAGGCUGUGGAGCUGGAUGUAACAGUGGGGGCAAUAUUGAAGAUUCGGAUGCCGGAGGUGGAACUUCCUGCACUGGUAACAAUGCAACAGCUGCCAACGAUGCCCACAGCAGCGUGUCCCAGGGAAGCAUGGCAAACCUGGGGCAGGGAUCAGGAGCAGGGCUGCACCCCCCUGUCCCUUCCUACCCACCCACACUCGGCACCAGCCACAGCGCCCACUCUGUGCAGUCCACGCUGGUGAGACAGUCCCCUGCGCGUGCCUCGGGAGCUAGCCAGUCUUCCUACUGCUACAGCAGCCGGCAUUCGUCUCUCCGGAUGUCUAGCACAGGGUUUGUGCCUUGUCGGCGCUCCUCCACCAGUCAGAUAUCACUGCGCAACUUGCCGGCAUCCAUCCAGUCCCGCCUUUCCAUGGUGAACCAGAUGGAGCCACCCGGGCAGAGUGGCCUGGCCGGUAUGCAGCAUGGCCUGCCUUCUUCCAGCAGCUCCAGCCAAAGCAUCCCUGCCUGCAAGCAUCACACUCUCGUCGGCUUUCUGGGGACAGAGGGAGGUCAGGGCAGUGCCACUGACACCCAGCCAGGCAACACCGUUAGUCCUGCCGCUAAUUCACACUCCAGAAAGGGGGAGGUGAUCUACAGAGUCCAAAUUGUGGAUCCCAGUCAAAUUCUGGAAGGGAUCAACCUGUCGAAAAGGAAAGAGCUGCAAUGGCCUGAUGAGGGGAUUCGGUUAAAAGCUGGGAGAAACAGCUGGAAAGACUGGAGUCCUCAGGAGGGCAUGGAAGGCCAUGUGAUUCACCGAUGGGUGCCUUGCAGCAGAGAUCCAGGAACUAGAUCCCACAUCGACAAGGCAGUGCUUCUGGUCCAGAUUGAUGAUAAAUACGUGACUGUCAUUGAAACUGGGGUAUUAGAACUUGGGGCUGAAGUGUGAGCCCAUGUUUUCUGCUCUAUUUCUCUUCCUCUCCAGUCCAAGGAAUUGGAGAAAGGGGGAAGCCAGCAGAAGCUGCCUGCAGGUGUCGCUUUGAUCCUCUGUGGGACAGACUUGAAAACAGUGGGCUUGGUUAAGCGCCUCUCCUUCCCCUGUCACCUUGACUCCUGUCACUGUUCCCAUCCCCAAGUAAAGCUGAAAUAUUUUUUUAAGUUAGCUGACAAGAAGACAUUUUGCAUGAAGGAUAAAGUUCAGUUAAAAUACAUCUUUAAGAAAGAAAGGUUUUUCCUAUGCAUUGCCUAUGCUUUAAAUCAACAAAGUCUUCAUUUCUAAACUAUGAUUUCAUAUUUUUCUAAUUUCUUUGCCAAAAAUAAUUGCCAUGUUUUGUCCUAGAACGUGAAAUCCAUUUACCUUGAUUUUGAAAAACCAGAGUAGAAACAUUCAGCUUGACACAUAGCAGUAUAGAAGUUUAAUGUACAGUAAAAGAGACUAUGAACAGACAGAGAUUUAUCUUAUUCCUUGAGCGCUAAAAACUUUAAUGAAAAAACUGCACUAAUUUUUUUACAACAAUGCACUAAAGUCUGAGGUUUCUCAGAACAUUUAUUUAUAUAUAAAAAUAAAAUCCCAUUAUUUAAAUUGCCUUUGGGAUUAACCCCACCCCUUUCCUUGCAAACAUAGAAAACAGGAACUGUGCUGUUCAUUUUCUGUUAGUAAUCUACUUCAUGCCAGUACUUUGGAUGUGUUCUUUAAAAUGAACAUGGGGUCUCAAGACAUACCCAGCUUCAUCCGUGAUGCUUCCCAGAGCUGGUAGUGGUCAGUGGAUCAGCCGUGUGGACACUACUGCCAGCCUCUGCGUCCACAUUUCAGGUGAGCUUGACACAGUGUGCGCCUGUGUGCCCUGCUGCUCUCCACGUGGGGCCAGCUCUGCUGGGUCCAUUCUGGGAAGAAACUGCUUUGGCUCUUCAAAGAAGAUGGUGACUGUCCGGGAACCUGAAGAAAGGAGUGGUUGAUUUUUAUUGGAGAGUCUGAGCUCGUGAAGUUACUCAUACACAGUUCAGUUAAUCAAGUAAAAGUUUUUCAAGCAAAAUUAUCCAAAUGGUGCAGUUCAUAUUGUUCAAUUCCUCUUUAAUAACUUGCUUUUUACUCCCCCUUCAUUUCUUUUUCUAUUACUUGAAUUUUAUUUUCUGUAAUUUAUAGUGUGUACAUGUAAUUUGAAAUAUUUAUAACUGUGAAAUUGACUUAAUUCAUAUGUUGUCUCAUAAAUUAUAUUGGUUUUUUUUAGAAAGGUUGUAUUCAGGGAAAUAUAUAACUCAGAUUUACAAUUAGGUUACAUGGGAACUGCAACUUAGAUUUAAUUUGCAACUUUUAGUGUUUUUUAAAUUUGUAAGAGAAUUGUCUCUUUUGGUUUGAAACUCCAAAGAAAAUUGUACAUCUCCUGUGAUCAUUUAGGAGCAGCCAUCUUUCUACCCCCUGUGAGGAGAUAGUAAAAAGAAGCAGGUAAAACUGGUUUUGAUACAUUUUAUUCAAUCCAAAAUACCCAAAAGUAUUACUACUUCAACAUGUGGUACUAGCCAUGUGUCAGUUGCUCAGUAGCUGUAUGUGCCUGCUGGCUACUGUUGGACCGCACAUGCUUAGAGCAUCUCUGGACGAGGUGACAGGAGAGAAAAGCUGUUUUUCUACUAAUUCUGAUAGAGAUCUCAGAACAUAGCAUAACAUUACAGUAGAAGGAAUGAAACUAAGAAAUUAAAUAGCUAGAUUAUAAAAUCUUACUGCAUUUCUACUUCAAAACAUAUCUAUUUUCCCUUUUUCCAAUUUUAAAGUUGGUGUUCAUUUAGAACCCAGUGUGCCUUGUGUUGACAUUUCUGUAGACUUCACACUUUGCAAAAUUUACUGUGUAAAAGUAUUUUCGAAUGAUUUACUGAACCUUUACACAAAGAUAUCCUUUCUAAAUUGACCACUUUAACAUGUAUAUCCCGAAUAGUAUCGUUAUGUUCUGUAUUUGCCUCAUUUGGGCAAAUCUGCAGCAUACCAUCAAAGUUCAGUGUUGGUUUUCUUUUUUCUAACACUGAAUGUGUGAGCUGUCUAUCUGUGAUCUGUUUGUCUAUAGGUAGUCUAGAUCUUCCCAAAGGAAUUAUGCUUCCUGCUGCUUGCUCCCUUUCUGAGGUGAAUAUGAUUUUUUCAUGGUCAUUGCCUCAGUGCAAAGAGAGAAGCAGACUAUUUGCCAUCUUAGGUGGAGGAUAAUUCAUUUUCCCAAAGAGAAAUAAAAAAUUGGAACUCACUCAGAAGGACUAGAGUUGUUACACAUAUUGACUCUGAAGUCAUAUUACUUUUCUAAUUACACUGAGGGAAAUUGAAGAACAAUUCGUGUCUUCAUUUGAUCUAAAUUAUUAUAUAGAAAUAAACACACUUUCACUAAUUAAAUGUCUUAUCCCUGCCCUACUCCAAGCCCCAGAAUACUGAGUUGUUUGUUUAGAUUCUUUGCUUGACCUUUUUCAUCUUUAGUUCAUAAUUGCCAAGGCUUUCAAAAUUCCCUAAUUUGAAAAAAAAAUGUAAUUAAAACACUAGCUUUUUAUUUCCUUUUAAAUAAGAGCUGCGUGAUUGAAAUCUUGGUUUCUCCUUGUUUGAUUUGGCCCCACCCCCAACCCUGUUUUGAGGAAGGGCAGUCCUGGAAUGAGUUGUAAGUCACUCUACACUAAGUUUUUGGUUAACCUUUCACUUCAUACCUUGGUAUAACCCCCGGUUUUUACAUCAUUUUCAACAUUUUUAAGACUUUAAAUGUUGACUUUUUGCUAAAGAACUUCAAUUUUUCCCAAGAUCUAGAUGAACACAGGAUGUUGAUGUUUAAGAAAGGUAGGAGAGUGUGUGGUGAGGCCCGCUUUGUGUAUUUCACAGUAAGAGGAGAUACUUGCCUUGCAGGAAAUUAGAGAACAAGGUUAGGUUCUCCUUUCUAUGGGUUUCCAUUACUGGAGGAUUAGAUUCCAUUAGAUUUGAAUAUUUCAAGUACAUCUGAAAUACUUCUACUGAUCGUUGAAAAAGAAAUAGACAGUAUUUCUGUCCCAAGUGAGGUAUGGAAAACUACUCUGUGUACUAAACAUCAGGCUGCGAAAGUGCAGGGUUUUAUACAGGAAACUGAAGCUCAUUAAGAAGAUGUAGUUUUCUCUCUGGGUUGCUUUCCCUCUUACACAAAAACAUGAAAGAACGGCUCCCAUCCGAGCAGCCUCCUGCUCCUGCCUACAGACCGGUGGACUGAUGUCCCCAGUUGUUCGUCCAGGACUGGGUCUUCUCCGCUCAGGACCCGCCCAGUGUCUGACGCGGUCUUUUUCUUGUAGCUAAUUCAUGCAUCCUUCCUCCUAAAUAAACCUUGGACUUGAGAAAAAGAUGAUAUCGGUAGUUUUGUGUGAGAAUUCUUCGAAUUUAUGUUUACUAGCUGCUAAAUCAUCAACUGCUGCCUAGACUGUUAAUUAAUUUUAAUAUUUAAUUGCUUUCCCAUGAACAUGGACAAGCCCUUUCUGGGUUAUUUUAAGUCCUCAGCAGUGUUCAUUCUCAUUCUUUUUUGUAUUUUAACAUAUUCAUAUGAAGUUAUUUUGUCUGCAUGUACACCCUGUUAGCUUUUUCUUUUGAAAUGAUACACCGUUCAGAUGAGGUAUAAAAUAUCCCCUUUUAUUCUAGAGCCUUUUCUUUUCAUUCCAAAAUGAGACAAUACUGUCAAUCAAGGCUAAGAUGGUACCUAGAACCUGUUAAUGGGCUUUGAGCCUUCUGGUUAAGUCUUUUGUGGAUAUUGGGUUUUACUGAUCUGGGGAAAGAGGAAAAGUAGAUAUGUGUAGCUUUUUUUAUUAUUAUCAGGCAUUAGAAAGCCAUCCCCCCCCCCUUUUUUUUUCCAUUUCUCUUCUUGGAAAAGAAUUUGGUUGAUAUAUAUAUAUACAAACCUUCUCAUUUUUAACCUGUUAACAUAUUUAGGUAACAACUGAGAUUGGAAGAAAUUAUUAUACAAAUAAGCCUGAUAGGAUAUCAGUGGAGUAUUAAUUGUUUGAAACAGAAUUGUAUUUUCCUCUUUGAAACACCUCACCUGAGUUAUCUGUCAAGAAUUAACAUGUAAUUAUUUUUCUUGAUGCCUAUAAGCCACAUAUUCUUUCUGAAUUAAGAUAACUAUUUAUGAUUUGUUAUCUAUCAUUUUGUAGAACCAGCAUAACAUUUUUGGGGGGAACUAGAGCUGAUUGUCAAUGCAAGGUUAUAUGACAACUUUGUUCUCAGACUCAUACCUAUUAUAUAGGGUUAUACCUUUCUUCUUAUGCCUCAGCUCUGUCCUGACCAUCUGUGAUUCAGUGGAGCCACGCUAGAAGGAACAGAGGUUGUCUAACACCCAGAUAGGGAGGAGUUCCUGGGUGUUACUGCCUUAGUGAGGAGACACCUGGAAUUGAGAGGGAGACAUGGGUGAGAAUGAGAAGGCUGCUCCAGAUGACUCUUGGUCUAUGUACUUGUGGUUGAACAAGAUUUUUUAUAUAUGAAGCUUGAUUCUACACCAAAAUAAAAGAAACAGGGUGGUGGGGGGGUGAGAUCAUGUCUGCUUAUGCUUUUUAUAAGCUUAUAGUUGAAGUAAACUGUAAAAACUAUGUUAACCUUACGCAAGUCUGGCAGUGAGCUCUGCAUGAGGAAAUGGAAGGAAGAAUUUAAACUGACUCUUGGAAAGCAGGUGUGGGGAAGAAAAAAUGGGUUUCCUUUUUCUGAUCAUGGGCUCCGGAAGUCUUCAUUGCCUUUACCAGCAUUCAGUGUAAACCAGAGGUGAGGAUCCAUGUACUCGCGCGUGUCUGUGAGUGUGUGUGCGUCUGAGUGUUACUCUAAACAGCUUGUAAAUAUUAUAGUUGUUUAAAAUGGAAAAUAAAAGCUGGGUUUUUCUUUUUGGCAAAUAUAUUGCAUCAAAAAUACAGUAUUGACAGUGGAUAAAACACAGGAAAUAAAUUUUUUUUUCAUUUUG